UUUCCCACAUUGUUGGCCAUGUACCACGUGACAUUCAUAUCCAAAAAGUGCCAGGUAGGCCGGUAAGGAUGAUUCUUGCCUGAAACCACUAUUCCAGUCCCAUAAUCAGCUCCUCCACAGUAAUGUGAAAAAUGGAUGUUGCGUAUAUUUCGGUAACAAUUAUAGGGAUCAGUUCGAAUAUCCACAGUUGAAUUGUUAGAUGAUUAUCAUUCCUCUUGUCCUUAUCGUAUUACCCAUUCAAUUCAAAAAGAUACUAUCAUCAAAAUUGAAUGCAAAAUCUUUUUCUUCUUUGUUUUCUCAGUAUAAAAUACCCACCGGAUUGCUAGAAUAGAAUACACUUGAAAAACCAGGUUUGCUUUCUUCUUAAUCUCAUCGUCAUUACCUUAUCACUUCUGCUCAAAUAUUGUUUCAGGUAUAUCUCACUAUCUCAACCUCCCAGUCUUUAUUUUAACAAUUUUUUAAUAUAGUUUGCUUUCUGUCAGUUCUUGCUGCUAUCAAAUUAUUAACAAUUUUUAUAAAUUUGGUACCAAAAGGGAUUCAAUUGGGAGUCCUCUAGUAAGGAAGGAGGGUGGUAUAACUUCCUCAAAAACUCUGCACCUAGUGAUCUAGCUAGUGCUGGAAUCACACAUAUUUGGCUUCCACCUUCUUCACAAUCUGUAGCUAGUGCUUUUUCACUGAAGUAGAUUCAUUUUUUUACUGAUGGCUUUUGGCGAUAGCUACAAUGUUACUAACUUCGUGUUAUACGAAGAUAUUAUCAUGUAGAAUAGGGAGAACAUGGCGAACUGUUUCAUUUGAGGUUGAUAGGUUUACAGAUUUGAAAUCUAAGUACAUAUCGUUUGCUGACAUAAAUUUUGCAAUAAACUUUCCUUUUGAAGGGUAUAUGCCUGGACGUUUGUAUGAUCUUAACUCAAAAUAUGGAAGUGUGGACGAAUUGAAGUCAUUAAUAAGGGCUUUCAAAGAUAAAGGAAUUAAGUCAGUUGCAGACAUAGUUAUAAAUCAUAGAACUGCAGCGAAGCAAGAUGGUCGAGGAAUAUGGUGUAUCUUUGAAGGUGGCACUUCAGAUGAUAGACUCGACUGGGGACCUUCUUACAUUUGCAAAGAUGACACCGAGUACUCUGAUGGUUCUGGCAAUCCUGACACAGGUGAGCCCUUUACUCCUGCACCAGACAUUGAUCAUACUAACCCAAGAGUCCAAAGAGAACUGUCAGAUUGGAUGAAUUGGCUCAAGACAGACAUCGGUUUCUCUGGAUGGAGAUUCGACUUUGUCAAAGGGUAUUCUCCAGAUUAUAUGAAGUUAUAUAUGGAGAAUACCAAGCCAGCCUUUGCUGUCGGAGAAUUCUAUGAUGGAAACAAGGAUUUGAUAAUAAAAUGGCUUCAAGCAGUAGGAAAGAGUAAUAUCACUGCCUUCGACUUCCCUACUAAAUUCAUCCUUCAAAACGCGGUACAAGGGAAUUUGUCAAAACUAAAGGAUUCCUAUGGAAAACCGCCAGGAUUGAUCGGGUCAUUGCCAGGAAAAAGUGUAACAUUUAUGGACAAUCAUGACACAGGGUCUGCUCAGAAACAAAACCCAUUCCCAUCCGACAAAGUCAUCCAGGGUUAUGCUUAUAUACUCACACAUCCGGGGAUACCAUCCAUAUUCUAUGACCAUUUCUAUGACUGGGGCAUUAAAGAGGAAGUAAUUAAGCUAACUGCAGUAAGGUUCAGGAAUGGAAUCAAACCAACUAGCUCAGUGCGCAUUAUUGCUGCAGAAGCUGAUCUCUAUUUAGCUGAAAUUGAUGAGAAAAUUAUUACCAAGAUUGGCCCAAAGCUGGACUUGGGUUCCCUUGUCCCACCAAACUUCAAGGUUGUUGCCCAUGGUAAAGACUAUGCCGUGUUUGAGAAAACACAGUAAAGAAUGAGCCGCGCACAUGGGUACUCGUUGACACUGUACUAACUAGACAUCUUUGAUGUUACUAAAUAGUGUAUCGAACAAGAAGUUCGAAUGAGAAAACUAAGUGAGUCACUAGAGAAUAGUACUUUAGUUAACUGUAACUGGUAACUUAUUAUAUGAAACUUAAUCAACUAUUUUAUGGUAUA